GGAGUUUGUGAGAUGACCGAGAGCCGCCCUGCCUCCUGUGCCCGUCUGGAGCUCGGCACCUUGACCUCGGCAGACCAGGAGCCCCUCCACCUCCUUCCCUGCGUUAUACAGCGGCAUGGAGCAGCCCGAGUCAAUGCGUUCUUCACCCCGGCCAUUAGGAAUGCCUCAGGAGGUAAAGAGGUCUCGUUCAGAGGCAGAAUAUUCCGAGGGCAGGAGGUUACUGUACCUGAAGGCUAUAUGGGGCUCGUUCUGAAGGAGGAUAAUAAACCGUUCUCUGAGGAAGAGGAUCGUUCACUGACAGUCAGAAACACUUUCCAGUCCUUUACACAAUGGAACCUGGAAACACCACCAUCUGCAGACGAUGUCUUAGUGAUGUCACUAGCAUGGCCGAAGAUCGCUGCUGCGGUCCAUGCACCCGUUGAUUAGAAGUUCAC